CACCAAGACGGUCAGGCCAAAAUGAAUAACUGCUGCUGUAGGUCGCAUAGCGAUCGCACGGAUCCCAUGGCCUGUCUUCCCCAGUUUCCACGUCUACAGCGGGUCCAAAGUUGUCGGCCAUUUUUGGAGGGACGGAAGGCAGUCAGCUGUUGUAUUUCGGGCGAGAGGCGUUGGGGUCAGAGAAACGGAAGUAUGAUCCAGGUUCUGGCCAAGAUGGUGAACAAGUCGUCCAGUACGGUCUGCCAAUUCCUCCACCAGUUGACACUGCAGGUCUUCGCCAGAAUUCUAUAUCCAUUGAUGAUGGGUUGGAAUACGCUGAAGGUACCGUUUGUUAUACCUGAUAUCUGUGAGCUAUACUACGGGAUAUUCGACGAAUGUGGUAACUUGAGGGGUUCCAUUCCCACGAGGACGUUGCUCAUCCUUAUUACCAUGAUCCAGUACUUUCUAAAUCUACCCAAGCGGUGUGGAUGCAGAAGCCAGGCAGAUGAUUUCAGGAACGUUCACAGUCCCGUCUAUUGUGGCAAAAAUGCGAUGACGCCAUUCUCGGGACAGGGGAUCACACAAAAAGGACCAUCGACGAGAAGUGAAGUGUGGGCGGGACUUAAGCGAUUGGGAUACGAAAGACGUGGCGAUCUAGAUAGUUAUCCCUCGGAUGAGUCCAUUCCAUAUGGCUAUGCACCCCAUCGAUGUCCUUGCCAGGCCGGGGAUCCCAAGAUCCAAAGAUACGCACAGGGAAUUACGAACCCCUAUGCAAAUAGGACUGGGGCCGUGAGAUCGUUGGUCUGCGCGGAGGAGCUGGAAAGUCCCAUAUUAGCUUGCGAUUACAAUCAGCGAACUCCAAUGGCACCCAUUUCACCGAAAGCAGCCCAAUUUAUUCACAUCAAUCAAAUCUCGAACCUAUAUGCUGCAGUCGUACAAAACCAACAUACAAGACUAUUAUUUUCCGAUGGAAGGCCUCCAAAGCCACGGGUAAGACCCUGCACUGAGAACCAAAACAGAUCCUCGGGGGGUUUCAUGAUGCCCGAACCAUAUUUCAAUGGAAUGCCAUGGAGUUGGCUGCACAGAGAUCCUCAAAGAAUGAUUCGUCUGCCAAGUGGAGGUCUUCCUUUGAAAAUCCCCCGUUACAGACGUCAACCUUUGGAUGAAGAGUACCACAGCUUUAAAAGUAGAUAUGAACAAAUUAGCAGACAGGACAGCCCUUUCAAAGAAAGCAGCUUAUUGCCUUUGGACUAUUACCCAUCUGAAAAUAGACUUGGCCCACGAAAUAGGUUGCAAUCGAUAAGCUGGGAGAAAAAACUACUGAAUCCUCAAAAUUAUCCUAUGAAAAAUAUUUCCAAUUAUCUAGGUAAAAUCCCAGUUAAGCAACUAAGAAAAAUUGAGUGGGAGCAGCUCCUUAUAAAAAGAAUUAAUGAAGCAAAGAGAACUAAGGGAACUUUCGAUUACUGGAGGGAGAUGAUGGAAAGAAAUAAGUUGAGAACACUUCAACAAACAAUAAUGGACAUACCAAUAUUCCCUGCCAAAAAGAGUGGGUUUUCUCAAUCAAGAAAACAGAGUGACCGCAUUAUAAUAAAGAAAAGCAAUAACUCCCUGAGAUCACCAAGACAAAACCAAAAGAAAUUAGAAACCGAAAAACCUGGGGUUUCAAAAAGGGCAAAUAACAGUCAUAGAACUCAAAUAUCACCUCAACAUCGAGUAAAACAACCCUAUAGUAGCCAAGGAAAACAGACUUUAAAAAAUCACCUCGAACAACAGGUUAAGCCUCAAGUCAUCAAUAAGAAUAAGUCUGUAGAUAAGACUUUGCGUUUGGCAAGAAAUGAAAUAAAAAAUAACCAAAUUAAAAAUCAAAAUCGAAAAUCAAAUUAUCCUGAUCCCGAGGAUUAUAGAAGAGAAAGGGCUAGAAACCAAAGGCAGAAUAGGAAAACUGCUGGGGAGUCUGUCAUGCUAAUAAAGCCGGCAAAAAGUAUUAUACGAAAGUCUGUGGACACUCAGUUAAAUGAAAUAUCCCAGGAAGAUAUAACAAGUUUGAAGAAACAAUUAGAGAUGAACAUAAGUGAUAAAAGGGUACGAUUCAGUGUUCCCAUGCCUUACAGGUUUGAAAGAGAAACACCAGCAGAAGAUCCGAAAAGAAAAACCAAUUUCAAAAGUAAACUACCUGAAAGGUAUGUUCUUCCUGAAGGUGGCGAUCAGAUACCAAAGCAGUUCAGUAAGCUCGAUAGUCAAGAUAAAAGUGCUACAAAAAGUGUAGUUUGCCGAAGAUCGGGAAAGUCACCGGAACAUGGUUUCAGGAAAAAGCGAUUGCAAUCAGAUGAUGUCACAGAACUGCCCACACAAAGUAAUCGACCUACGACGGGUGCCCAAAGUAAAUAUUAUGGAAAUUCCAAAACAAAACCUAACAAACCCCUCGGUAGAAGCUGUAAAAUCCAGCCCAAAGUAUUGUUAUCCAGAGAGAAAACUAAAGACGUGCAGACACUGAAUAACUGAGUGAAGCGAUGAAAGUCAUUAGGUUAUUUGUUAUGAUAGCAGCGUUCUUGUAAUCUAUCUAUCUAUUGGAUUGAUGUUAUUCCCAAUAUUUACCUGAAUUAUCUAAAAUCAAUAUGAGCUAUAUGGUAUAUUUUUGUUACUAAGCUUAAGCACCGCUUGUAUAGAGAUAUCACGCCUGACCGCCUAUUAAAUUUUCGUUUUAAAA